UACGCAUCUUCUAACUUUUCCAUAUAGUUCCAUCUCCAAUUUUCUUCUUGUGUUGGAUUCACAUCUUCAAUUGAAAGUGUUUUUCCAUUACAAACCCUCUCUCUAUAUCUCUUACUUAGAUUAUCAAAUACGUGUAAGUAUUUAAUAUGGAAAUUGUAGAAGUUAAGUGCAGGAACACCUUGAUUUUCAAGGCAUGGAAACGAUGUCUAUCACUAGUAGCUGGCAACAAAAAAUGUUGCUCAUCUUCAUCUACCACUUUCAGUUCAUUGACAAAGCGCGAAAAGAAUCGACAAGUAGCUCCGGAAGGUUGUUUCGCAGUCUAUGUUGGACCUCAAAAACAACGAUUUGUGAUCAAGACCAAGCUUGUUAAUCAUCCUUUGUUCGCGAUGCUGCUAGAGGAUGCUGAAUUGGAAUAUGGGUACAAUAGUGAAGGCCCUCUUGUGCUCCCUUGUGAUGUUGAUUUGUUCUACAAAGUGUUGGCAGAGAUGGACAGCAGCGAGGAUUUUAGUCCUGGUUGCGGCUUUGCUAAAGGUUAUUCCUUAAUUCUGCCAAGUCCAGCUCGUAGAUCCAACAUUGUUAGCAUUAACAAGGGUCAUGAUGCCUAUAGUCUAGCUUCUUAGUCCAUCAAAUUCGAUGAUUAAGAUGAAUCAACUAUGACCAUUUAUUAUAAGAUCAUGUUGAUCUAGCUUUCUUUUUUAGCAUUUGUAUCAUAUAUAUUAUCCAACUUAUCUGUGUGGGUAGAGGGAAUUCUAUACGAAAUGAACAAAAAGAAUACAUAUCAAGAAAUUUGUACGAGUACUAGUUAUAUAUAUUAUAUAUGCUUUCUUUUUCUCCACUCA